AUGGUCUCCCGACGGACGCGCAAGGUUUUGAGGCCUAUCCUCUUCCGACGCGUGCGUUGGCAACCAUUUCCAGGCCAGCUGGAAUUUAUACCGGAUUCCUUGAUUCCCUUCAUCCAAGUUUUCACUUUAUGUGGGGAUGCUAUUGCUCUUGCGCCUCACCUUCCGUUGGAUUACCCCGGGAUUGUUGAGAUUCUCCGCCAACAACUGCCUACUUUCGUUGUCCUCCACACCUUCAUCCUCGGCAAAUAUAUGUAUGGUGGCCUCUGGACGGAAUUGGUGGAUGCUCUAUCUGCAGCACCAAUGAUUACCACACUCGACUUUCUCUCUCGUUGGGAAAUGCGCAAGACUACACUGCCUCCAUACCUCCUGGACGACAAUUUCGUCUCCCCACCGUUCCGAACCAUCAACUACCCCUUCCCCACUUGCGUCACAGGGAUACGAAACUACGCUUCCUUGUCUCGACGAACCCGUAUCGUCCUCGAAACAGAGGGCGCCAACUUGAGGCGGUUGACUUCUGCAUGCCAUACGACCUUGGAGCAUUUGACGAUCCCAGGGGAGCUUUUUAUUCUGGCGAUUGACGUGGCGUUGGACUGGAGUCACCUUCGAGAACUUGUACUCCAAGAAGCGGACUUUCCAUCGCUUCGAGCUUUCUCAGUGUGGUAUGUGAUCCCGACGGAAGACGAUCUUUACUCGGAGGAUUCAUUACUCGAGAGCAUACCACGGAAAUUCCCGCUGCUCGAGAACCUCGUUGUUAACAGGCUCUGGCACCACACGUCACUCGCCUUGAAAGAUCGUUGGGACCCCGCCCCCCGGUUCCGUCGACUCUUGUCGAGGUUACGUCACCUUAAGCACUUGUCACUCAAUGUUGACCAUCCAGAGCGAUUUCGACGCCGCCCUUUCUACCGUCUCGACGACCCUGAACUCGAGGCUCAUGUUGAACAUCUUGCGGCCCUCGUCAUCGAAAUCGUCUCUUUGUGUCCGACUUUGCAGCGGGUGUCGAUGUAUCGGGAGCUCGGCGACAAUGUGGCGGUCUAUUGGCAGCAUUGGGAGGUCAUACGGUCGGAUGAUGGCUCAGUAACCCUCCAACCUUUCUAA